AUGCGACUAAUCAGUUCAAUUGCCUCAGCACAACCGGAAGACUCAUUAAAUCAUGCAUGUCUGCGGGAUCUUCGAACGACUAAUCCUCAAGAUGACAAGGGCCGCAUCGAAAGAACCAACGGAGGGUUGCUCAUAGACUCGUACCGCUGGGUUUUAGACAACAAGCAGUUCAGACAGUGGCAAGACAACCAGAGCAGCCGUCUCCUCUGGAUCAAGGGUGAUCCUGGCAAAGGCAAGACAAUGCUACUGUGGGGGAUCAUUAACGAAUUAACCCUAUCGAUCGGAGAUAAUGGAAAUAUCUCCUUCUUCUUUUGCCAAGCUACGGACGUACGAAUCAAUACUGCAACAGCAGUGCUUCGUGGCUUAAUAUAUUCACUGGUCGUGAAGCAGGCAUCGCUUCUAUCGCAUGUUCGGAGCCGGUACGAUCAAGCUGGAAAGACCCUGUUUGAGGACAUCAAUGCAUGGAAUGCGCUCUCAAAUAUUAUGAACAAUAUUUUGAAAGAUCCAACCUUACAGAAUACUUAUCUGGUGAUCGAUGCGCUAGACGAAUGCACAACGGACCUCCCUCUCCUUCUGGACUUAGUUAUUCAGCAAUCGUCCACACACUCGCACGUGAAGUGGAUUGUCUCAAGCCGCAAUUGGCCUAGUAUCGAAGAGCAUCUGAAUACUGGAACGCAGACAGCGCCCAUCUCAUUAGAGCUAAAUGAGACAUGCGUAUCAAAUGCUGUGGUACAGUUCAUUCAGCAUAAGGUUCACCAAUUGGCAGAAGUCAAAAAGUAUAAAGAUGAACUCCGCGAUGCCGUUCAGCGUCACUUAUCGUCAAACUCACAAGGCACUUUCCUCUGGGUGGCACUGGUUUGUCAAGAUCUCAACAGGACAUCGCGGAGGCAUGUCCUUAAAAAACUUAAGGAGUUCCCUCCUGGACUGGAUGCUUUAUACGGUCGAAUGAUUGAUCAGGUUCGAACGUCUGAAGAUGCUGAGCUCUGCAAGCGAAUACUGGCUGUUAUGUCAAUUGCGUAUCGGCCUAUCACUCUUGACGAAUUAACCGCCCUAGUCGAGUUGCCUGAUGAUCUCGCCGAUGACAAGGAAGCGUUACUGGAAAUCAUCGUAAUUUGUGGCUCUUUUCUUACGUGGCGUGAGGACGUAAUUGUUUUCGUCCAUCAGUCUGCAAGGGAAUUCCUGCUCGAAAAGGGACGGAUCGAGGUGUUUCCGGAGAAUCAAGAAGCCGAACAUCUUGCAGUUUUCUUGCGAUCUCUACAAACUAUGCUCAAGACACUUCAGCAUAAUAUCCUCGAUAUUAAGCUUGUUGGAAAUUCUACCGAGGGACUCACACACCCACGUUCGAAUCCUCUGGCAGCUGUAAAAUACGCGUGUGUGUAUUGGGUUGACCACCUUUUAGAAGGUUGGUGUGGUGAAAAUAAGUAUCACAGCCUUGAUAAUGGAGGCUGUGUGGAUAGGUUUUUACGGCAGAAAUACCUUCACUGGCUCGAAUGCCUCAGCAUUUUAGGAUGCGUACCAGAAGGAAUUGCCGCUAUGCUGAAACUGGAGAAUUUACUCCGGAAAAAAGGAUUGUCACAGGACCUGCUAGACCGAGUUCAAGACGCGUCCCGAUUCAUUCGCUACUACAGACAUGCAAUCGAAAGUAGCCCCCUUCAAGUAUACAGUUCAGGACUUGUCUUUAGCCCAACUCAAAGUACCACGAGGAUAUGUUAUCAGAAAGAGAAACCAGAUUGGAUUUUGAACAGCCCAGUGGUAGAUGAAAGAUGGAGUUCAUGUCUUCAAACACUCGAGGGACAUAGUGGGUCAGUCACGUCCACUGUCUGGUCGCCGGAUGGAAGCCGACUCGCAUCAGCGUCGGAUGAUAAGACCGUCAGGAUCUGGGAUACGGCUACCGGCCGGUGCGCGUCUACCCUCGAGGGGCAUAGGCGCUCAGCCAUGUCGAUUGCCUGGUCUCCAGAUGGAAGCCGACUCGCAUCAGCGUCGCAUGAUACGACUGUAAGGAUCUGGGAUUCGGUCACCGGCCAGUGCGUGGCUAUCCUCAGGGGGCAGAGAGCCUGCGUCAUGUCGAUUGCCUGGUCGCCAGAUGGAAGCCGACUCGCAUCAACGUCCUUGGAUAGGACCGUAAGGAUCUGGAAUUCGGCCACCGGCCAGUGCGCGUCUACCCUCGAGGGGCAUAGUAGUUCGGUCACGUCGAUUGCCUGGUCGCCAGAUGGAAGCCGACUCGCAUCAGCGUCGGAUGAUAAGACCGUCAGGAUCUGGGAUACGGCUACCUGCCAGUGCGCGUCUACCCUCAAGAGGCAGAGAGCCUGCAUCAUAUCGAUUGCCUGGUCGCCAGAUGGAAGCCGACUCGCAUCAGCGUCCUUGGAUAGGACCGUCAGGAUCUGGGAUCCGGCCACCGGCCAGUGCGCGUCUACCCUUAAGGGACAUAGGUUAACGAUCACCUCGAUUGCCUGGUCGCCAGAUGGAAGCCGACUCGUAUCAGCGUCCUUGGAUAGGACCGCCCGGAUUUGGGAUCUGGCUACCGGCCAGUGCGCGUCUACCCUCGAGGGGCAUAGUAGCUCGGUCAUGUCGAUUGCCUGGUCUCCAGAUGGAAGCCAACUCGCAUCAGCGUCGCAUGAUACGAAUCUUAGGAUCUGGGAUCCAGCCACCGGCCAGUGCGCGUCUACCCUCGAGGGGCAUAGUCGCUCAGUCAUGUCCAUUGCCUGGUCUCCAGAUGGAAGCCGACUCGCAUCAGCGUCGCAUGAUACGAAUCUCAGGAUCGGGGAUCCAGCCACCGGCCAGUGCGCGUCUACCCUCGAAGGGCAUAGUCGCUCAGUCAUGUCGAUUGCCUGGUCUCCAGAUGGAAGCCAACUCGCAUCAGCGUCGCAUGAUACGAAUCUCAGGAUCUGGGAUCCGGCCACCGGCCAGUGCGCGUCUACCCUCGAGGGGCAUAGCAGUUCGGUCACAUCGAUUGCCUGGUCGCCAGAUGGAAGCCGACUCGCAUCAGCGUCGGAUGAUAAGACCGUCAGGAUCUGGGAUACGGCUACCGGCCAGUGCGCGUCUACCUUUAAGGGACAUACGUUAAUGAUCACCUUGAUUGCCUGGUCGCCAGAUGGAAGCCGACUCGCAUCAGCGUCCUUGGAUUGCACCGCCCGGAUUUGGGAUCUGGCUACCGGCCAGAGCGCGUCUAUCCUCGAGGGGCAUGGUAGCUCGGCCAUAUCGAUUGCCUGGUCUCCAGAUGGACGCCGACUCGCAUCAACCUCGCAUGAUUCGACCGUGAGGAUUCGUGAUCUGGGCACCGGCCAGUGCGCGUCUACCCUUACGGGACACAGUCAUAUAGUCACCUCGAUUGCCUGGUCGCCAGAUGGAAGCCGACUCGCAUCAGCGUCGAAAGAUAAGUCUGUCAAGAUCUGGGAUCCAACCACUGGCCAGUGCGUGUCGACACUUGAUGUUCACGCUCUUCGCGGUCCACUGAGCCUGUUGGGCCGAGUCCUAGUGGUUCGACCUUGCCAGGAAUAUAUGGGCUUGGCUUAUGUGACCGCUCUUCCUGGAUAA